GUAUUUUGCUUGUUUCUCGAGAAAACAACAACGGAAAGGAAAAGUAAAGGCGUUUCCUUUCUGCAGUUUUACCUCCAAACUUCACACUAUAAAGCUUACGCACUUUCUAUCUCAGCUGUCAAACCUUGUUGGAUUCUAUCCCUACAGCCAGAACUCGGUGCCUUGCAAGCUUAUUUAAAUAGAUACAUAAGAUGCCGAGGCCAAAGGCAAGUACGGCUUCUAAGUCAGUGGAUUCUGAAGGACGGGAUGAGCUUGAACAGCCUGUUGAGUCCGCUGAGAGGAUUGAUCUCAAUGAAGAUAACGAUCCCGAGGAAACCAUGGAAGAAGAGGUGGAGUAUGAAGAAGUGGAGGUAGAGGAAGAAGAGGAGGAGGAAAUAGAAGAAGAGGAGGAAAUAGAAGAAGAGGUGGAAGAAGAAGAAGAAGAAGAUCAGGAUGUUGAAAAUGCUGAUGGGGAACUUGAUGAGGAUGAAAAGAGGACAUAUGCUGAGCUUCUUGCUCGUCCUCCUCAUGGUUCUGAAGUAUAUAUCGGAGGCAUUCCACAUGAUAUUUCUCAGGAGGAUUUGAAAGGCCUUUGUGAAUCUGUUGGAGAGGUUACUGAGGUUCGGAUUAUGAAAGGUAAAGAUUCAAGUGAAAACAAGGGCUUUGCUUUUGUGACUUUUAGAAGCGUAGAAUUGGCCGAUAAAGCCAUUGAUGAGCUAAAUAAUGCCGAAUUUAAGGGUAAAAAAGUUAGGUGUUCUACUUCCCAAUCAAAGCAUCGAUUGUUUAUUGGUAAUAUUCCAAGAAGCUGGGAAGAGGAAGACCUGAGGAAGGUCGUGUCAAAGGUUGGGCCUGGAGUUACUGGUUUGGAAUUAGUGAAGGAUAUGAAGAACUCAAGUAAUAACAGGGGCUUUGCCUUUGUUGAGUACUAUAACAAUGCAUGUGCUGAGUAUUCAAGGCAGAAGAUGAUGAACUUGGAAUUCAGACUCGGUAAUAAUGCUCCUACUGUGAGCUGGGCUGAUCCUAAGAAUGCCGAUUCUUCUGCUUCUUCUCAGGUAAAGGCAGUUUACGUAAAGAAUUUGCCAAAGGCUGUAACACAAGAUCAGUUAAAGAAGCUAUUUGAACACCAUGGAAAAAUCACUAAAGUGGUUCUGCCUCCUGCAAAACCUGGACAAGAGAGAAAUAGAAUUGGUUUUGUUCACUUUGCAGAGAGAUCUUGUGCCAUGAAAGCACUCAGGAACACAGAAAGAUAUGAAUUAGAUGGCCAAGUUGUGGAAUGUUCUCUUGCGAAGCCACAAGUAGAUCAAAAGACAUCUGGGGGGUCAAGUUCGCAGAAUUCCAGUUUUCUUCCUAGUUAUCCACCUCAGAUCGGGUAUGGUCUCAUUGGGGGUGCCUAUGGUGCUUUAGGUCCAGGAUACGGUGUUGCAGGCAUCCAGCAGCCCUUAGUCUACGGAAGGGGAGCAACACCUACCGGCAUGUCAAUGAUGCCGAUGCUUCUACCCGAUGGCCGGAUUGGAUAUGUUCUGCAACAACCGGGAGCGCAACAACCUCAAAGCCCGCCUGUACAUCAGAGACACAGUCGAGGUGGCAGCAGCAAGAGUGGUGGCAGUUCGAGCAGCAGGGGAAAACACGGUGGCAGCGACAAUGGCCAGCGAUACCGACCGUAUUGAUUUGCUCGUAUUAGAAUGGAUUAUAAGCGGUGGGAUGGAGAGUUUAUUUUUAGUCAAAUUACCUUGCCAUCUCCACAAAUUGUUGAUUUUUCAGCUAAAACCAUAACUGCCUUAGUUCUUAAGGUGUAUUAUGGGGCUUCUUUUUAAAGUAAAAUGUUUGUGCAUGAAAUGUUAUUCCAGCUAAAUGUUGAAUCUGUAUGACCUGUUUGAUAUUCAUAUCUUUAUGAUUACAUGUGAUUUCCGUG